AUGUACAGGCCUCUGGAAGUGGUGGGCGAUCUGACCAAAUCUGCUGACGUUAACAAUUUAAUUGACGCCACUAUUAAAACAUAUGGUAAACUGGAUGUGUUGGUCAACAACGCAGGCAUACGUAAGCCAGCAAACAUUACUCAACCCGAUAUACUGCAGAUCUGGGACCAGACGGAGGCCAUAAACAUGCGCGCAAUUAUUGAAUUGACACAUCUGGCAGUGCCUCACCUUGAUAAAACUAACGGCUCUAUUAUUGAUAUAUCUGCCGUAAAUGCGUACGCACCGAUUAAAUAUGACCUGGCUUAUUCAGUAAGCAAAGCCGCACUGGAAAUGUCUACUAAAAUACUGGCUCUAGAAUUGGCGCCUAAAGGUAUUCGGGUUAAUAACGUUAGCCCUGGUGUUAUUCAGGAUCGAGACAAAGUAAGCCCAGAGCAACAAAUGGCUAUUGGUGUGACCCCAUUGGCCCGAUUGGGUCAGCCCCUGGACGUCGCUAAAGCGGUGAUAUUCCUGGCCUCCACUGACGCCCAGUUUAUUACCGGCGCCUCCAUUAUAGUGGACGGAGGGGUUGUAUUCAAUGCCGGUGUGGCCAAUAUUUUAGAUAGACCAAAUUAG